GGGCGUGGCGUGUGAGGCUGAGACUACCCUGACCUUCAGUCCAGCCUUUUCACAGCGUCUGAGUGAGUUCAUCAUGUUUGUGCGGAUCUUUCUCGUCAUUCUCUCUGUGGCUGCUUUGACUAAAGCAGCUGCUAUCACAGGCAACGGAAAAUCACCAGGGCCUGUUUGCGAAAGAUAUACCUUCCCGAUUUGCACGCGCGAGUAUGACCCUGUGUGCGGCUCCGAUGGGAAGACCUAUCCAAACGAGUGCAUGCUCUGCUUUGAGAUGAGGUUCAAUCAUCUCAACACGUACAUGGUCAGAAAAGGGGAAUGCUGAAACACACCACGAUACCAGCAGUGUUAAAAUGUUCAGUGUAUGUGUGAGCUAGAAAUAUAAUGCAUGCCCUGAUUAUAAUCUGUGAAAGGACAAUCUUUAAUAUGGAAUGUUUUUUUAACUGUUUUAGAUUUAUCAUUUUUCUUAUGCGAUUUGAGUUUUCCGUUUUAAUUCUGCAUUAAAGUGAAGAUCUCCGCCA